AAGUACUCGUCAGUUUGUCCCCAACGUCUUCGUCACUUCCGCUCAGCUCUCAUUGCCCAUUUUGACAAUAUGAGUCAAUACGCCCACGUCCCUAAAUCCGAGCUUGACGAAGCCCAAAUACGAGAGCUUGAAGAGUAUGAAAUCUCUCAAGGCCCUUUAUCGGUCCUUCAACAAUCCGUCCGCAACUCUUCUCAGGUACUUAUCUCACUGCGGAAUAACAAGAAACUUCUGGCGAGAGUGAAGGCGUUCGACAGGCAUUGCAACAUGGUCUUGGAGAACGUAAAGGAAAUGUGGACGGAGACACCAAAGGGCAAAGGGAAAAAGCCGGUGAACAAGGACCGUUUCAUCUCAAAAAUGUUUCUUCGAGGUGACUCUGUGAUUCUUGUUCUUCGUAAUGCAGCCUAGUGUUGUGUGUUGAUUGGGGUCGGCCGCCGCUUAUCGAGUAUGGAGACAGACGUGUAAAACGGCCACAAUAGGUCGGGUCGAGGGUUAGAGUGCUCUGAUUUAGUUCAUCAUGCAUGUUCCACCUUGUAUACUAUCAAGUAGGACUUACAUCUCAUGGCAGUUAGGAGG